UCGUUUCGUAAUACCUCUGCGAGCAAAUGGAUAGCAUCUUCGUUCCCCAAACCGAAUUCGGAACUCCUCAGAGUCUUAACGAGUGAGUGAAGAUCCAAACCGAGUCUAUAAUGUCGAAAUCGUUCUCCGACCUCCAUCACCUUCUCAUUCAGUUAUCGGAGCCAAUAACGGAGUCGCUCUCCAAAAUCCAAUACACUCCACCAGAGGGCUCCUACAUUUCUGUCAAAGCCCUAAUAGAACCCCUCCUCCCACACAAAGCCUCGCUGUACCCUAGCAUCGCCGAGGCCCAAAUUCAUGCUUUAAUAAGAGAUUUUACCUUCGCUUGCGCCUUGAUAUCCUCCUCCCAGUCCUCGACCCACGAAAUCCUCUCGUGGAUUCCCCAGCACCUGUCGGUCUCUGCAAACUCGUCCUUUUGCAAGCUCUCCGAAGCAUACUGUGGCGUUUUUGGCGAAACAAAUGCAAAGAGGAUCGUUGAGUUGGGUGUGGAUAUUGGUUCGAUUCCUGAAGAUAGGAGACUUGUGGUGGAAUUGAUUCCGGAGGUGCUGCCAUUGUUUAAGGAAAGGAUUAAGGAGAGCUCGAUAGAUAAGUCGGACGAGAGCCACGAGGCCUUGGCCGCGUCGGCUCGGGUUCCGGUAGGGUUCGCCAUCGUAGCAGCUUAUCAGUUUAGAUGGUUUGUCACUCAGGUUGGUUAUCCUUAUUUGGGACAACUGUGCACUUUGGUGAUUCCUUGUGCAUUGACUGCGCUUGAUCACUGGUCAGCGGAGGUGAAAGGCCAGGGCAUGAUUAGCCUUACACAUCUUGCAAAAAAUGUUGAUGCCACGGAUCUGGGCGGGUAUGAGGAUGUGAUUCUUGAUGCAUGCUGCCAUAAUAUUGCUUCUAGUGAUGAUAUAUGGCACCAUGUAGUUGAGAUGUCGACACUUCUUGUGACUUGUACUCAGAGGGGCAAUCCUCGUAGCCCAUGGUUUGAAAGGAUGUUGAAUGAGAUGUUAAGUCACUUGGAGCGGCAGCCAAGGAACAAGGAGCGUCGGAUUGCAUGGCUCAAAUAUAUUGAGCCACUUUUAAGUGGUGUUGGUCUUGUGUUAUUAGCUCAUUUUAGGCGUAUUUUUCCCCUUUUCUUUAAGUGGAUGCAUGCCGAUGAUGAUGAGACUGUUCUACUGGUUCUGGAAAGGAUCCAAAUUAUCUUAAGGUUAACAUGGAUAAGGAACACACUAUAUGUUGGAAGGUUGGUUGAUGAACUCACUAUUUUGUAUAAAGAGGCAGCAUUGAAGAGGACUCACAAAGAAGUUAGAGGACAAAUUGUUCAGAUAUUGAUCUUACUCCAACAAUGUAAAGGUAUGCAAUUCAAAGCAGCCUGGGGCAAGCACAAGGAUGAUCCAAACUUGACAAAUCUUGAGUCAUCACUAAGCAGAAAAGACACAGCGACGGUCAUUCAAUGAUCUUUCGGAAGCAAACGGAAUGCGCUAUUGCUUAAGAUAUGAUGUAAAUAGCUCAUUUUGGGAUCCGUUUACAUGUAAUUAUGAGCACUAUAUAACUUUCCUUAUUUAAUAUAUGGUGUUUCCAUA